AUGGACAACUCUGCCCGCACUCUGCACUCCAUAACUCACAGCAACACCCACGGCUCCAACUCCUCCAUACCGUCCUCGUCAGUCACACUAGGCUACACACCCUCAGCGAUGGCAGCCCAACCGCAGACCAUCCUACCUUCAAGUACAAACCAGAUGCAGUUCGGAGCGAGCGAGCAACAACAACAAGCACAACAAAAGCACAACCAGACCUCGUCUUCCACCGAGUCUGCGAACACGGCGCCCCCGCCUCCAGCAGCUGAUAUCUACCCCCACCAGGUCACCGGGUCGGGGGGCCCCUUAGCAACAGCCCCUUUUCUACGAGACUUUAGUCUCGUCGCUGAAGCAGCGAAACGAGCGCAGAUGUCUGUCGUGCUGCGGGAUUUGGAGAGCGUCACUCUAUAG